AUGGACCCGAACACUUCUGUAAACUGUACUAUCUCUCCGCAUGGACACGCGGUGGAGCAGUACAUGUACCCGGCAGCUUACUCGCUGUUCUUCAUCAUUGGAUUUCCAGCAAACUGUCUGUCCCUGUACGUGGCCUGGGUUCUGAUGAAGAAGGACAAUAAUUUGGCGGUUUAUCUGAUUAAUUUGUCAGUCGGAGAUCUGCUGUAUAUCCUCACUCUACCCGUUUGGAUCAUGAUGGCACUCGGGUUCCUGUGCUGCAUCUCUAUGGACCGAUAUUUAGCCAUCGUGUUUCCGCUGCAUUUCACACGUGUGCGAGAGGUCAGAACUGCAGUACUGGUGAGCGUCAUCGUAUGGCUGGUGGAGAUCGUGCUUCAUUUGGGCCUUCUAAUCUACACGGAGGCGAUCGGGAACUUUUCUGCCAGUCGUAUGUGCGAGGAGCCGAUGAUAAUGAGCGCCGCCGCCGCCAACGUGGCCAUCACACGCGCGGUCCUGGGAUUUCUCAUUCCUGUGCUCAUUAUGAGCUUCUGCUUCGAGGAGAUCAUCAGGGCGCUGAAGAAAAGCACAUCCACUGUGGUCAGCGAACGGAGGAAGAUUUGCCGCCUUCUCUUCUCUCUCCUUUUCACCUACUUGUUGGCUUUUACGCCCUUCCAGGUGGUGAUGUUCAUCAGAGGACUGCUGGAGCCUGGAAACUGCAGCAUCGCGAAGAAUCUCAGAGACGUUUACAUGGUGUUUGUGGCUACGACUACUAUAAACAGUGUUUUAGACCCCAUCCUUUAUUGUCUCAUAAGUGACAGUGCCAAAAUUGAAAUUAAAAUACUUUUUAAGCUCUGUGAGGAGCAAUUCAGUAAGAUGUAUUCAUCUGUGAUGAAACCCUGA